CACGUCACAGGCCGAACAACCAAACAGAAAAGUUUAAUAAACAGCGGACGGAGGGGCCGACGGCGGCGGGGCCGGAGCGAGCAGGGGUUCGGCGGCCUCACCUGUCCCCAUUCACCGGCGGCGACCGGCGGCGACCGGCGGCGGCGGGCAGCGCGUCAGGCGGAGAGAGCCGCCGCCAGGUCCGAUUUUCUCCUUCAUUACCUCUCCAAUUCCAGCUUCCUUCUCUUCUAAACAGUGAAACAGGAAUGAAUCUGAAGUCUGCUGCAGUAAAACACUGAAGGCUUUAAAAUGUUUUCUUGCAUAAAACUCAAACUUUAGCUGCUUAUGAGGAUAGGGAAGGCAGGAAGCUAAUGUCUGUCUCAAGAUACAGGACAGCUGUUUGCUCAUCAACCUCAACUGUCCCAAUCAGCAGCAGGGAAGACCACCUGACAUAGGAAACUGGGGACGCUAUACAGAGAGUGAGCUGCAAAGCACCCUCAGUACAGUAGGAACCCUAAUCCAAAGUCCUAUUCUUAUAUCAGAGUGUGCAACAGAGGAACAUGGCUCAAGAAACAAAUCACAGCCAAGUGCCUAUGCUUUGUUCCACUGGCUGCGGAUUUUAUGGAAACCCUCGUACAAAUGGCAUGUGUUCAGUAUGCUAUAAAGAACAUCUUCAAAGACAGAACAGUAGUAAUGGUAGAAUAAGCCCACCUGAUAAGGUCUUAGACUGCCCUGGGUAUAGAAUCACUAAUAUGAAAUGUGGUACUGUUACAGCAACUUCUGUCAGUAGUCUGUCUGAAUCUUUACCAGUUCAGUGCACAGAGGGCAGUGUCCCAGAAGCUCAGUCGACGCUAGACUCUACAUCUUCAUGUAUGCAGCCAAGCCCUGUAUCAAAUCAGUCACUUUUAUCAGAAUCUGUAGCAUCUUCCCAAGUGGACAGUACCUCUGUGGAUAAAGCAGUACCUGAAACAGAAGAUCUGCAAGCUUCAGUAUCAGAUACGGCACAGCAGCUAUCUGAAGAGCAAAGCAAGUCUCUUGAAAAACCAAAACAAAAAAAGAAUCGCUGUUUCAUGUGCAGGAAGAAAGUGGGACUUACUGGGUUUGAAUGCCGAUGUGGAAAUGUUUACUGUGGUGUACACCGUUACUCAGACGUACACAAUUGCUCUUACAAUUACAAAGCUGAUGCUGCUGAGAAAAUCAGAAAAGAAAAUCCAGUAGUUGUUGGUGAAAAGAUCCAGAAGAUUUGAACUCCUGCUGGAAUACAAAAUCCUUUGACCAUCUGCAAACUAAAAAUUGACUUGACUUUUUUUUUCCUAGUCAUUGGGAAUGUAGAGCAAUGUAUCUUGCAUAGACCUUUUAAUCAUGCAUGUCAUCAGAAGAAUAGAUUUUUGUUUUUGUUUUGAAAAUGACUCUGAACAUUUAUUCCCAUUGCAGUUUCUGUGGCUGAAAAGACUUAAACUUGACAAGUAUUAUCCUUUUAAGAUCAUUUUAAUUUUAGUUGAGUGCAGAGGGCUUCUAUAACAAACGUGGAGAAAUUUUGGAGGGCUGUGAUUUUUUCCAGUAUUAAACAUGCAUGCGUUAAUCUUGCAGUUUAUUUUCUCAUUGUGUAUAUAGAGAGAGCUUUUCUCUGGAGCACAAUUUCUCUUUUUGAUGAUGCCCUUUAGGGCACAACUAGCUAUCAGUAACUGAAUGUAUCUUAAUCAUUAUGGCUGCUUCUGUUUUUUCAUUAACAAAGGUUAUUCAUAUGUUAGCAUAUAGUUUCUUUGCAUCCAUUCUUUAUUUAUGUCUGAAUCAUUUGUCACAGGAGAGUGUGUGCUGAUGAGAUUCUAAGUUUGUGUGUUUUAAAAAAAAAUUUUUUUUGCGUGAGGGAAGAAAAAGCUAUAUGCAUUUCAUUGCUGACUGCAGAUUUCUUUCAGAUUACGUUCAUGGUCUGUGUGUAUACAAUAUGAAGAAUGAUCUGAAGUAAUUGUGCUGUGUUUAUGUUUAUCCACCAAUCUUUGAUUAAAUAAAAAGCAAAACC